UUUGCUUGACACCCCGAUCGACUCGGACGGCACAUCGACCAGCUUUGAGCAUCCGCCAGUUCUGCCCUAAACCCCUCCUGGUCGUGUAGUAUUGUCGCCUCGCCCAAGAUGAGUGCGGCUCAGCCGAAUGAAGCGGAGAAGAACAUUGAGAUAUGGAAGGUUAAGAAACUUAUCAAGCGCCUGGAGAUGGCCCGAGGAAAUGGAACUUCGAUGAUUUCUCUGAUCAUUCCUCCCAAGGAUCAGAUCUCUAGAGCUGCGAAAAUGUUGGCUGAAGAAUAUGGCACAGCUUCGAACAUCAAGUCCCGUGUCAAUCGACUCUCCGUACUUUCCGCUAUUACGUCCACCCAGCAGCGUCUCAAAUUGUACAAUAAGGUCCCCCCUAAUGGUCUGGUCGUCUACUGUGGUGAAAUCAUCACAUCCGAAGGCAAGGAGCGGAAGAUCAAUAUUGAUUUUGAGCCUUUCAAGCCUAUCAACACAUCUCUAUAUCUCUGUGACAACAAGUUCCACACAGAAGCGCUCAGUGAGCUCUUGGAGUCGGAUCAGAAAUUCGGUUUCAUCGUAAUGGAUGGAAAUGGUGCUCUUUUUGGCACACUCAGUGGCAAUACCCGAGAAAUCCUCCAGAAGUUGAGCGUUGAUUUGCCUAAAAAGCACGGCCGUGGUGGUCAAUCGGCUUUGCGUUUUGCUCGUCUUCGUGAAGAGAAGCGUCAUAACUAUGUGCGCAAGAUCGCUGAGUUAGCGGUGCAGAACUACAUCACCAACGACAAGGUCAAUGUUGCUGGCUUGAUUUUGGCUGGUUCUGCUGACUUCAAGAACGACCUGAAUCAAUCUGACAUGUUCGAUCAGCGAUUGCAAGCCAAAGUCAUCAAAGUUGUGGAUGUCUCUUACGGCGGUGAGAAUGGCUUCAACCAGGCCAUCGAGCUCGCCGCGGAAACUUUGAGCAAUGUCAAGUUCGUUCAGGAAAAGAAGCUGAUUGGAAAGUACUUCGAGGAGAUUAGUCAGGACACUGGAAAGGUGUGCUACGGUAUUGACGACACUCUCAAAGCUCUGGAGCUUGGUGCGGCAGAAACCCUCAUUGUUUAUGAGAACCUUGAUAUCACUAGAUGGGUCCUGAAAAGUUCCAGCGGCUCGGACGUCAUUGUUCAUACUUCCAAGGCUCAGGAGGCCAAUCGUGAGAUGUUCAUCGACAAGGAGACCGGAGCUGAGAUGGAAGUCAGCGAGCAAACCUCUUUCCUCGAAUGGCUCGCCGAAAACUACAAGGACUUUGGCGCGACCCUAGAGUUCGUCUCUGAUAAAUCGACUGAAGGAAACCAAUUUGUCAAAGGUUUCGGUGGAAUCGGCGCGAUGCUCCGAUACAAGGUCAAUUUCGAACAACUUGCUGAUUUCGAAGAUGAGGAUGAAUUUUACGACGAUUGACGGUUUAGCACCCUCGCAGAGAGCGAGGAUGAACGCCCAGAAGCUCUCGGACCUGAUCUUCUGACGGCUCGCCCCGUAAUUCGUGAAGGCGGCUCCCACUGCAACUCCAUGGCUUGCGUAGCAUUUGCCAUGCCAUUGCCUGUGCAAAAUUUCUGAAGCUGCCCAUAG